CGCUGUGUGAAUUAUACCCCAUCCCUUUCCCUCUCCUUUCCUACAUUAUUACCCUCCGACUCGUGAUCAAGUUGUCCUUCUCACAAUGGCUUCCACCUUGAGACUUGGAACCUCUGCUCUUCGCUCCAGCGGCAUGGCUGCUAAGCCCGUUGUCCAGUCCGCUGCCUUCAACGGCUUGCGCUGCUACUCUACCGGCAAGGCCAAGUCCCUUAAGGAGACCUUCGCCGAGAAGCUCCCCGCUGAGAUCGAGAAAGUCAAGAAGCUUCGCAAGGAGCACGGCAACAAGGUCAUCGGCGAGGUCACCCUUGACCAGGUCUACGGUGGCGCUCGUGGUGUCAAGUCCCUUGUUUGGGAGGGAUCUGUUCUCGACUCCGAGGAGGGUAUCCGUUUCCGUGGUCGCACCAUUCCCGAGUGCCAGGAACUUCUUCCCAAGGCCCCCGGCGGUCAGGAGCCUCUCCCUGAAGGUCUUUUCUGGCUCCUCCUCACCGGCGAGAUCCCCACUGAGCAGCAGGUCCGCGACCUGUCUGCUGAGUGGGCUGCUCGUUCCGACCUCCCUAAGUUCAUCGAGGAGUUGAUCGACCGCUGCCCCAGCACUCUGCACCCCAUGGCUCAGUUCUCCCUGGCCGUCACCGCUCUUGAGCACGAGUCUGCUUUCGCCAAGGCCUAUGCCAAGGGUCUCAACAAGAAGGACUACUGGAACUACACUUUCGAGGACUCCAUGGACCUCAUUGCUAAGCUUCCCACCAUUGCUGCCAAGAUCUACCGUAAUGUCUUCAAGGAUGGCAAGGUUGCUGCUAUCCAGAAGGACAAGGAUUACUCCUUCAACUUGGCCAACCAGCUCGGUUACGGCGACAACAAGGACUUUGUUGAGUUGAUGCGCCUCUACCUGACCAUCCACUCCGACCACGAGGGUGGUAACGUUAGCGCCCACACCACCCACCUUGUUGGCAGUGCUCUCAGCUCUCCCAUGCUUUCCUUGGCUGCCGGUCUGAACGGUCUGGCUGGUCCCCUGCACGGAUUGGCUAACCAGGAAGUGCUCAACUGGCUCACCAAGAUGAAGGCUGCCAUUGGCAACGACCUUAGCGACCAGGCUAUCAAGGAUUACCUCUGGUCUACCCUGAACGCCGGUCAGGUUGUUCCUGGCUACGGUCACGCUGUUCUCCGUAAGACCGAUCCUCGCUACGUGUCUCAGCGCGAGUUUGCCCUCCGCAAGCUCCCCGAUGACCCUAUGUUCAAGCUGGUCAGCCAGGUCUAUAAGAUCGCUCCUGGUGUUCUGACUGAACACGGCAAGACCAAGAACCCUUACCCCAACGUCGAUGCUCACUCGGGUGUCCUCCUCCAGUACUACGGCCUGACUGAGGCCAACUACUACACCGUUCUCUUCGGUGUCUCCCGUGCUCUGGGUGUCUUGCCCCAGCUGAUCAUUGACCGUGCUCUUGGUGCCCCCAUCGAGCGCCCCAAGAGUUUCAGCACCGAGGCCUACGCCAAGCUUGUCGGUGCUAAGCUGUAGAUUUGUCAAUGAUAUGAACCCCCCCGGAGGAUGUGGAGAUUUUGUUACGAAUAAACACUUUAUACUUUGUAUUAUGCCUAUCUUAUUCUUGGAUUAACCCUCUUUUUUUUCUUUUUCCUGGGAUUUGCCAAGUGUUGGGGUUGGCUCGAUUAAUGUAUGAUAGGACACGGUUCGAGCGAGCCUAGUAACAGCACUUUUAACAUGAUCAGUCAAUCUCCCAAGGCAUUCUGAUUGCAUUCC